AUGGGCAACAAGCAAACCAUUUUCACUCCAGAGCAACUGGAUGCAUAUCAGGACUGCACAUUCUUUACACGGAAAGAAAUUCUGAGGCUGUUUUACAGAUACCGAGAUCUAGCCCCGCAGCUAGUCCCACUCGACUACACAGAUAAACCAGACGUGACACUUCCCUAUGAACUCAUUGGCAGCAUGCCAGAGCUGAAGGACAAUCCAUUCCGCCAGCGGAUAGCAGAGGUUUUCUCAGAGGAUGGAGACGGCAAUAUGACUUUAGAUGAUUUUUUGGACAUGUUUUCAGUGCUGAGUGAAAUGGCUCCCAGAGACUUGAAAGCUUAUUACGCUUUUAAAAUUUAUGAUUUUAAUAAUGAUGAUUACAUAUGCAAAUCAGAUCUAGAGAAAACUGUUAACAAAUUAACCCGAAAUGAACUUACCCCAGAAGAAGUUAGCCUUGUGUGCGAAAAGGUGAUUUACGAAGCUGAUGCGGACAACGAUGGCAAGCUUUCUUUGGAAGACUUUCAGCACAUGAUAGUACGAGCUCCAGAUUUCCUCAGCACAUUUCACAUUCGAAUCUGAAUCCAGUGAAACAUGCAGACGAAGUGCUUCUU